AUGGGAUAUCCAUCUCAGACACCACCAUUUAAUGGUUAUAUGCCAAUGAUGAAUGAAAAUUUUCAAAGUGUUGGUGAAUAUCCUGAAUAUUCAACACAAAUAAAUCGUGGUGGAAUGACAAGAGCUAAUGAAGUCAUUCCAAUUGCAGAGGAUACAACUCCUAAGAGCAAGAGAAAUCCGCAACCAGGAUGGAACACCGAACAAAAUCUGGUGCUAAUUAGUGGAUGGAUAAAAUUUGGAACAUGCAGCGUUGUCGGGAGAAACCAGACAAGUGAAGCAUAUUGGGGUAAAAUUGUUGAGUAUUGCAAUGAGCAUUGCUCAUUCGAUCCUCCGCGUGAUAUAAUUGCUUGCCGAAACCGUUUUAAUUAUACGAGCAAAGUAAUAAAUAAAUGGAUUGGUGCUUAUGAAAGUGCUAAGCGUUUGCAAGGAAGCGGUUGGUCGGAAGAUGAUGUUUUGGUAAAAGUGCAGGAAUUAUUUGCAUGUGGGAAGAAUGUUCAAUUUACUUUAAAAGAAGAAUGGCGCGCUCUCCGUGAUCAACCACGUUAUGGUAGUCAAAUGGGAGGAAAUGUUGGGUCAGGAAGUAGUGGAUCUAAGAGAUCUCACGAGGACUCUGUAGGAUCUAGUGCUCGUCCAAUGGGUAGGGAGGCAACUAAAUUAAAAGGUAAAAAGAAAAGUAAGGACGCUGAUGGCUUGGAGCAGGUGGAAAAGGAGUGGGUUCAAUUCAAAGAAAUCAAGGUGCAAGAGAUUGAACAAUUGAAAGAGUUCAACUCGAAUCAACAGGAGAAAAACAGAUUGAAGAAAAUGAAACUGUAUGUAAAGUUAAGUUCCGAAGAGCAUCUUGAUGACCGGAAAAAAGCGCGGUUGGAGGAGUUGGAGUGUGAGCUGUUUUGA